AUGGCAUCGCUUUCUUCACAGCCCCGCUACAUUUACAAGAUUGUGCCCUCGACCGCACCAGUCCGCGAGCCAAUUCCCGAGCGGCUUGCAGUGAGUGAUUUGGACAAGGGCUCUGGCUUCAUCCAUCUCUCGACAGCGCACCAGGUAGCAAACACACUAAAAACCUUUUUCACGGAGGAGCCCUUAGUCUAUGUGCUGCGAAUUGAAUACCAUCGCGUCAUCCAAGAUAUUAAGUGGGAGUCUCCCGAUGGAAGAGUGACCGGUCCUCGACCCGGGGAGGGACUUUUCCCUCACCUCUACAAUGGUCUCAAACUGGGCAGAGAGGAGGUUGAGAGCGUCGCUAUCUGGCAAAACGAUGAGGGAUGGGAUAAGGCCCUCACUGGAGCGAAGCCAUGGCUUCUGGCCUAG